AUACAUAUACAGUACCCCUACUCUGUACACUCUCACACACUCUUUCUCUCUCUAUAUUUUCUCUCUCCUCAUUUGCUGCAAAUUUCAGAGAUAGAGAGACAACUGCAGCAGGAGGAUGCAGGGAUCAUCAUUCAUCAUAAUACUAUACAUAUAGAGAGAUAGGGAAAUAUAUAUAAUAUAUAUAUAUAUAUAUAUAUAUAUACACCAUUUGGUACUCCAUAUAUUUAGAGAGAGAGAUCUCGAGAUUUGUACAGCAAAGAGAUCUUCGCGGAUCAGGGGAUUAAAGGCAAAGGCGGCGAGAAUUAAGACAUUUUCUUUGGGGAGAGAAAAUUGAGAGAAUUUUCUUCUUUUGUGUGUGUCUUUCUCUCUCUAGGAUUGGGUUGGGGUGUAAUUGUAUUAUGAAUAUAAUUGCAUCAUCAAUGUCAUCAUAAAGGCUUGAAAUCAAUGGGAAAUGAAUUGGCUCGAGACUCGAGGUUGUUGUUGUGCUGGUGGAAGGCAGAGCUUAUACUUGCUUCGUCUUCCAUGCUUGUUUCUUUGUGUUUGUAUGGGUCUCCAAUGUUUGUGCUUCUGAGUUAGCUAGCUGCUUUUGUCUCUCCUCUGUUCUGCAAAUUUAAGUCUUGAGAUUUUUAGAGAGAGAAAGUUGUGGGCAUUCAUUAAGUAGUGUUGGAUUUGGAUUUUGGAGAUGAGGGUUGUAGUACCGUGGUUGUUUUGAAGGUCUUAAUAUAUAGUCUGCUUCUUCAAGUUCUGUGAAGAGUUUGGUGAGUUUAUAGAGGUAAUUUUGUGGGAUUGCAGUGGGUAUUUUGGGAAGAAAAUGAAGUUUAUGAAGUUGGGUUCCAAGCCUGAUGUAUUUCAAGGUCAAGGAAAUUCCAUCAGGUAUGUGUCAUCUGAAUUGGCGACAGAUGUUAUCAUCAAUGUUAGCGAAGUGAAGUUUUACCUUCACAAGUUCCCUCUCUUGUCGAAGAGCAAUCGCUUACAAAAAUUAGUACUGAAGGCCAACGAGGAGAAUUCUGACGAAAUGCAUUUGUUUGACUUUCCUGGUGGGCCAAAAGCCUUUGAAAUUUGUGCCAAAUUCUGCUAUGGGAUGACUGUAACUCUGAAUGCUUACAAUGUUGUGGCUGCCCGUUGUGCAGCAGAGUAUCUUGAGAUGACUGAGGAUGUAGACCGAGGCAACCUAAUAUUUAAAAUUGAGGUGUUUCUCAACUCCAGUCUUUUCCGUAGCUGGAAAGAUUCUAUUAUUGUUCUGCAGACCACCAAUUCUCUUUUACCCUGGUCCGAAGAUCUGAAGGUAGUUGGUAGAUGCAUAGAUUCAAUUGCAUCUAAAACCUCUGUGGAUCCCUUGAAUGUCCAGUGGUCUUAUACAUAUAACCGGAAGUUAGCAGUGCAAGAUAAAAUUAUUGAGAAUGCUGUGAAAUUCCAGGAUAAAAUUGAAUCUGUUCCUAAGGAUUGGUGGGUUGAAGAUAUAUGUGAACUGGAUAUCGAUCUUUACAAGCGAGUUAUGAUUGCUGUGAGAUCAAAGGGGAGAAUGGAUGGGAAUGUGAUUGGGGAGGCAUUAAAGACUUAUGCUGUCAGAUGGUUGCCGGAUUCCGUUGAAGCUUUGGUUUCUGAAGUUCAUAUUAGGAGGAACAAAUCUUUGGUUGAAACAAUUAUUUGCCUAUUGCCCUCUGAUGUGAGCUUGGGUUGUUCUUGUAGUUUCUUGCUCAAAUUAUUGAAAGUUGCCAUUCUGGUUGGAGUAGAUGAUUCGCUAAAAGAAGAUUUGAUAAAGAGGAUCAGUUUGAAAUUGGAUGAAGCUUCUGUAAAUGAUCUGUUGAUCCCUGCACAGUCUCUCCAAACUACUAUUUAUGAUGUUGAACUUGUGCAGUGCCUUGUGAAUCGAUUUGUGAUGCGUGAAAAAUGUAGCCGGAAUUUGGACAUUGAGAAGAACGGGAAUAACACCAGUGAUUUUGUCUUGGGGCAUGGAUCCUGGUUGAAUGUUGGUAAAUUGGUUGAUUGCUAUCUUAGAGAAAUUGCUCAUGAUCCUAAUCUUGUUCUCUCCAGUUUCAUUGACUUGUCACUGUCAAUUCCAGAGUCAGCACGACCAAUUCAUGAUGCAUUGUACAGAGCCAUUGACAUCUAUCUAAAGGAGCACCCAAACCUGACGAAAUCUGAAAGGAAGAAGUUAUGUGGGCUGAUGGAUGUCAAGAAAUUGACAAUGGAUGCAUCCAUGCAUGCAGCACAGAAUGAGCAGCUUCCACUCCGAGUCGUAGUACAGGUUCUCUUUUUUGAGCAAGUUAGAGCAGCUGCUGGGGUUCAAGCCCUCAACAACCACCACGUUGACACACCACGUUACACGAUUAACACUGAAGAAAGUUGGGAGAAGACAGUGCCAGAAAACUGCAAAUCCCUUGGGAAACAGAUGAGUCAAAUGAGGAUGAAAGAGGAGGAUAUUCCGAAAAACGUAAAACUGAUUAAAAAGGUUAGCAAAAACAGAGGAAGUGCUGUGCAGUUGCUGCCAUCUCGGUCAAGGAGAAUUUUCGAUAAGUUGUGGGUUGUGGGUAAAAGCCAUGUCCAUGGGGAGAAUAGGAGCUCUGAGACAUCUGGUAGUUCUCAGAGCCCAACUUCAAUAAUUCAAGGGGAAACCAAGUCCUCUAAUUCAUCUUCAAGGCACAGGAGACAUUCCAUAUCGUAGAGUAAGUAUUUUGGGUUUAUGUACACUCAACAAAUGAAGAAAGAUUCGACAGUUGAAAUGUAAAGUGGUAGAGAAAUUUGUUGCAGUGGAUGAUUAUGGUUUAAUCCUUUCAGCUGUGAAGUGAUCCAAGACAGGGUUUUAGUGCAUAAAAAUUGUAAUCAGUUCCUAAAGCGUGUCUACAUUUUGUUGUAUCUGUUGGUUCCACUUGUAUCAUUACCUCUAUCCAUGUAAAUCAAUUUCAGGUAGUUAGGUAGAUAAAAGUAUUGUUGUUUGUUUACUGAUUGUGCAACAAGACAUUGUCCCUAUUUUCAUUCCCUUCAAAAGGGUAGUUGUCUCAACAUUUUCCCUUUUCCAUAUCGUUGUUGAGGAUCGUUGAAACUCCAAGAGAAUUGCCUUUGCUUUUGUUGACUA